UGCCGGGGUAGCGGGUGACGCGGGCGACCCCAGGCCCGAUGGCGGGGCCGGCGGGCGGGCACAUGUGCGUGGAGAGCCUGCGGCGGGACGUGACGGACCUGCAGGGCGCCAUCGCCGACGUGUGCGGCCGGGCUGGGCCCGCACGCUGCCGCUCCUGGAAGUUCCCCGACCGGCUGUCGUGCGAGCUGGACGUGGUGGCGCUGCUGCAGCGCUACGACUACGUGGAGGGCGACGCCGAGCUCACGCGCCGCUCCCACGUGGCGCUUCUGGAGCUGGUGAUCGACAGGCUGCUGUUGCUGCUUCAGAGCUUCACUGGCUAUGCAGAAAAUCUUAUUGAUGAACAAGCCGUGCCUCCUCUUCAGGCAGUGGGACCCUGCAUGUCCGUUGGGCUGACUGUGAGGAAGUACUGGAACAGCAUGCUGAAACUGGGAGCCUUCUAUCAAGAGUCUGUGGGUGAGAAUAAAUCUAACAGAAAAGAUGUCUCUGCACUGAAAUCUACACUGCAGGAUUUGAAAGCUGAGAACGAACGUUUGAGAAGCUGUUCACCUGUAAUUUCUGAACUGGGCACAUCUUUCGAUUGUACACAGGCAACUACUUCAUGCCUCUCACAAAACUUCAGUGUACCAGACUAUGGUAUCAAAGACUUGUCACGGCCAAGAUCUGCAUAUAGCAUCACCAGGAAUAACCAUAGUGUCCAUUCUCAGACAAUUGAAUCAUCCUUGGUACCCUGUGAUUCUUGUGCCAGUGCCCAGGCCAGCCUCCAGGAGGUCAGCAAAGCCAUCGUGAGCAUCUGUUGUAACCAGAAUAUCCCUUCAUCCCUGUGCAAAUUCCAAAAGAUGAUUGAGGAGACCAUGUUUAACAAGACACUUGCUGCUACAGACAUGAGGUACUGGGCAUCAGAACAAAUGAAGGACCUCUCCCGGAUCAAUAAACAUCUUGGGAUGCUGAUGCAACUGAUAAAUCCUUUGAAGACACAACUGGAAGAAUCUGAGAAACAGAAGGAUGAGCUGAGAAAGCAGGUUGAAGACCUUGCCAAAGUUCUUCAGCAGGAGAAGGAGAUCCAGGAACAGCAGAGGCAAGCAGCCAAGCAGUGCUUGGAAAAGAAGAACAAAGAGAACCAUGAGAUUAUGGCCAAACUUGAGAAGGACAAGGAGAAUGCAAAGAUAGGUGCUGCCUUGCUGGAGGAACAGAUUUCUGCCUUGAAAGAGGAGUUGGCAUCACAGCAAGCUACUGUGAAAGAGCUGGAGCUGAUCAAAACGUCCCUGCUAGAGGAGAUGAGGACUAAAAUGGUAGACAAGAGCCAGAUGCUGAAGCUGCAAGAACAAGUGCAGCUGCUUACCAGCCAGCUGGAAAGCACAAGCCAGGAGCUCAGCGAGGUCACCAUCCAGCUGGACAAGGAGAAGGCCAAAGUGAAAAGCAUGCUCAGGCAUGAGGAGUCACUGCAGGCCAAGCAAGGAGUCUUGCUGCAGCAGCUGGACAGCGUGGAUCAGGAGUGUGAGGAGCUACGGACCACCCUAAGUGACAUUGAGGAGGACAAAGCCAAGCUGGUAGAGCAGCUGAAGGAGAUGCAGGACAAGAAGAAGCAGGUUCAACACAAGCUGGAAGCCCAGCAGGAGCUAACGGAGAUCCUGGAGCAGGAAAAGCAGACUCUAGAGCAGUCCACAUCUGAGCUGCACAAGAACGUCUCUGAACUGGAGGAACUGAUCCAGGAGCUGAAGGAGAGGCAGAGGCUGCUGGUGUCUUUCCCAGACCUCCACAUCCCGGUUGAGACACAGUUUGAGAGCACUGGGAAUGUUGCAGAAGACAUGGAAAAGCAACUGCAGGCAAAUAACAUCCGGAUCAACAUCCUGGAGCAAGAGAACUCUCGGCUCAGGACCGCACUUGUCAAGAUGAGAGAAGCAGCCAAGCAAGGAGCCUUAAGGCUUAUUCCACAGACCCAGCUGUGGAUUCAUUCAUCUGCCCAGACCAGCAGCAAAGAUGGUGUGACAGACCACCACAAAGAUUACACAGGAAAUCCUACUGGUGCACACAGACCUCCAAGCAGCCAAGCUGGCAAUGACAGCCUGGUGUCCCGCCGACCUCCAAGCAGUCAAACAAGCAAGGCACGCCAGAGACCAAGCAGCCAGCAGACAAAACCAUCCUCCCUAGAGACCACAUGCAAGGAACUAUCCUGCCUCUCUCUGCUACCUGAGAACUUUCUCCUCAGUACCAAUGUCAAGCCCAAAGGGCAAGACAGUGUAGCUGGAGUCCAGGUCCUUCCAUCAUGCAGUACUAGAAACCACCAGAAAUAGGCCAGCAGAAUAACUCUGUCAGGAGGUGGUAUUCAACCAGUGCCACUAAUGCUGUCAUGUUUACCACCCAGGAUCCCCAUAAGUAGCAAGCUAGUGUUGAAGGCAGUCAGCCAGCCAGAUCUUUUAGGACAGGUGAUUCGUGGGGGAGGGACAAAUGGAAGUGGGAUAUACAUUGAGGAUACUGUUCUGAUUCAGCAUUAGAACGAGCAAGGUUGAUGCUCCUAUCACCAGGGCUUCCUUUAUCUGUUAGAAGGAGAGACCAGAGUUCAACGUACUGUAGACAAGGUCCUGAACAAAUAGAAUUCUUUUAGAAAGCUCUGUGCCUUUUCCGUACACAGACGUUAAAAUGCUUACAGCAGUGAAAAAGGCUCUAUUCCCAUAGCCCCAGUUGUAUGGAGGGUACAAGAAGGGCCUUUCCUUCUUUGGAGCUAGAGAAAGCAUCAGCACAUUGCACAGCAGGAGGUGGAGAGCCGUUUUAGGGUGGGGAAAAGCAUGGUCAGGCUUAGUGAGGUACAGCAGGACAUCCAGGUGGUCUGGGCUGUUAUUCACAGAAGAAAUGAAGGGUUUCAUGCCAGGGUUUGAUCAGUAGGAGGGAUAUGGAAAAAAGUAAUCCAAGUACAUGCCUGGAAAGUAGGAACUCUCACAGCAGCUUGGCCACAAACAUCCUUUGGCAAAUCACAGGGGUGUUGUGUCUGCGUGACCUGGAGAGCAAAGCAACCCUUCCCCAGUGAGUAAAGAUCAGCCUCUGGGAUACCCUGUGCACCAAGAAGUCUGUUCUUAGACCCUGAACUUUCCACCAGGGAAGUUACCCAGGGGCACGUUAAGCUAAUAGCAAGAGUCAGAGCAAGGUUUAGUACAUCCUAAACUUCUAUUUGGUUUCUCUCUUUUGGGCAAAAGCAUCUCCAGGUGGCUUCUGGAGAUAGCUUGGGCUGCUAGCAGAGAAAAGGGCUCACCAGCCAGAUGAAAGGUGCACUGAACUCAAGCAGGAAUGGUGGCAGGAGCUGUGUCAGCACAUCAGACACUAGCUUGUUCCAUAAAAUGAACCAGAGUAACGCAGCAGAUUUCUCCUUGCUCUGUAUUUAAUAUUACAGGUGGCUUUACAGACACAUGGGGGAAUCAAGCCAGCAGCCCCUGGCUGCUGAACCAGGCCAGGAGCCAUCCAGGGCUCAGCAAAUACCUGGAUGCUUGUUUAUUGUUCAUUCUUUGCAGUUAACUCACGCCACUCUCUAUAAUAAGUUAGUAUAAAUAAAAGCAAGCAUUCAUGAA